AUGGCAUCAUCAUCUCCCACUUACUGCUCGCCUUUUACACGGGCAGUAGUGAACUCCAUGAGAAAACUCUAUCCUGAAGUACUGGCGGAUAAAAGCUGGGACAACACAGGCUUACUCCUCGAAGCCCCCUUCAACCCCUCCCAACACCGCCCACGAAACUCCGUCCUCCUAGCCAUCGACCUCACCAAAGCCGUCGCUGAUGAAGCCAUCAGCCGCAGAAACUCAGUGGUUGUGGCCUACCACCCAAUCAUCUUCCGCGGCCUCAAAUCCCUCACCCUAGAUGACCCCCAACAAACCUCCCUCCUCCGUCUCGCCCAAGCAGGAAUUAGCGUGUACUCCCCGCAUACAGCCAUCGACGCCGCACCAGGUGGAAUGGGCGAUUGGCUCUGCGAUAUCGUAACGGGAUGCUUCAUCUCGAAACCGCAUGAAUUGCCCCCGGCGCCGGCAGAGCAGAAACCGAUCCCGCAGCUCUACACGCAACCGACAUACCCCCAGCCUACGGGGAUCACCCAAAGCCCGCCGCAACUGAAGCAUACUCGCAAGACGAUGCACCCUUCUCAGUUUGCACCUGAGGGUUGUGAAAAUGCGGGUAUGGGCCGUCUCGUUACGUUCUCUGAAUCGCAGCCGUUGUCUACGAUUAUCGACCAUAUUGCCGCUGGAGUGGGUAACCCGGGUGGUAUCCCUAUCGCCAUACCUCAGGGUUCAAGCGUUGAAGACAUUCGCAUCCGCACCGUUGGCGUCUGCCCGGGGUCCGGGUCUAGUGUGCUUAUGAAGGGUGUGAGCGAGAUCCCUGAUUUAAUGUUCACGGGAGAAAUGAGCCAUCAUGAGGCGCUUGCGGCUAUUGAGCAAGGGAAGGUUGUGGUUUCGUUGAGCCAUUCGAAUACGGAAAGGGGGUAUUUGCAUGCUGUUAUGAAGGAGAAGUUGCAGAAUGCUUUGCAGGGGGAGUGGGAAAGUGUCAGACAAGAGGGGCUUAAAACUAAGAAGUUGGAAAUGUAUGAGGAUGGGGGGUGUGAGGUUGAUGUUAGUAAAGCGGAUCGAGAUCCGUAUGGGAUUAUGAUUCGGCGUAUAUAA